GGUCGGAAAGUGCAUUCCCGGAGUCCGAGGAACCCGAGCUGACGGAUCCCGGACAGGGGCUAUUCCUAGUCGCCCCUGUAACUCCCAGGGGCCCUCGGCCCCAACCCAAUCAUGACGUCUCCUCUGUGCUGGGCGGCCUCUGCCAACGUCCAACCUGUUCAGGACCAGGUUGCAACCACCUCCAAGGUCAAGGGGAGUCAGGCUCAGGCCAACCAACGUCACCCCCGAGGCAAGAGUGCGGCACAGGCCUGGCCCCCACUCCAUUCCAAGUCGAGAUCCCUCCACGCCAUCGGAGGGAAGGCCGCUGUGCAGAUGCAGGUGGCUGAGUUACAAAGGAAGAUACAACUGUUAGAGGGUGACAGGAAGGCCUUUUAUGAGAGCACCCAGUGGAACAUGAAGAAGAAUCAGGAGACCAUCAACCAGCUGCGCGAUGAGAUCAGGGUGCUGCAGCUACAGCUGACGGACCUGCUCCAGGGAGAUGAGAAAUUGGUCCAGGCAGUGAUUCGGGGGUGGAAGUCAGAGAAGCCGUACCUGAAGAACAAGACAGGCCAGCAGGCCCUGGAGUACCUGGACCACCGGGUGAGCGAGAAGGUGAAGCAGCUGAAUGCUCUGCGGCACCAGGUGGGGCUGCGGCAGAAGUGGCUGGAGGAGCUGCAACUGCAGCACAGCCUGCGCGAGCUGGAGAUGGCCGAGAUGCAAGACAGCAACACGGAGGUGGCCAAGACCAUGCGGAACCUGGAGAACCGCCUGGAGAAGGCCCGGAUGAAGGCAGAGGAGGCGGAGCACAUCACCAGCGUGUACCUGCAGCUCAAGGCCUAUCUCCAGGAGGAGAGCCUUCACUUGGAGAACCGGCUGGACUCCGUGGAGGCCGAGGUGGUGAGGACCAAACACGAGGUGGAGGAACUGCAGGUGGUGAAUCAAGAGGCGCUCAACGCCAGGGACAUCGCCAAGAACCAGCUGCAGUCUCUGGAGGAGACAGUGUUCCGAGAACGCAGGAAGCGCGAGCGCAACUUAACUGAGUGCAAGAAGCGAGCGGAGGAGAAGAAACUGCAGAACGAGCGCAUGGAGCGCAAGUCCCAGCGCGAGCACGUGCUGCUGCAGUCGGAAGAUGUGACCCACGACAGCCUGCACGUCAAGCAGCAGGAGCUGCUGCAGCGCUGGAACAUGUACCAGAUGGAGGUGCUCUUCGGCAAGGUCAAGGACGCCACCGGCGUGGCCGAAACGCACGCGGUGGUGCGGCGGUUUCUGGCGCAAGGUGAAACCUUCACGCAGUUGGAGACGCUCAAGAGCGAAAAUGAGCAGACGCUGAUGAGGCUGAAGCAAGAGAAGCAGCGGCUGCAGCGGGAGCUCGAAGACCUCAAGUACUCAGGGGAGGCCACGCUGGUGAGCGAGCAGAAGCUGCUAGCCGAGUUGCAGGGGCGCCUCCAGGCGGAGGAGCAGCGGCGCACGGAGGCCCGAGAGCAGCUGGAGCGUGCGCUGCGGGCGAUGCAGACCACCAAGGAGGGCCUGGAGCACCUGGCAGGCAAGCUGCACCAGGUCUCAGUGGCUGGCCCCGCCUGGGAGGGAGCCCCGCCCCCAACUUCCCAGGACCCAAGAGGAGGCGCAGCCACCCAGGAGGCCGGCCGCUCCGCGGGAAGGGAGCUGGACCCCAAGGCGCCUGACUAUCUGCAGAACCUGCUGGGCCUCGUGGAGGAGAAGCUGCUGAAGUUGCAGGGGCAACUCCAGAGCCACGAGGUGCCGGAGAUGCUGCGCCACAUCGCCAACCGCGAGUUCUACUCCAGCCUAGAGGGAAAGCUGCCCUUGUACAACACCCGCAUCUCCCUGCCGCUCACCAGGCCCAAGGACAAGUUCUUCGACGAAGAGGAGAGUGAGGACGAAGACGACGGCAUGGUGACCCGCGCGGCGCUCAAGAUGCGUUCCCAGAAAUUCAUCGAAACCCACAACAGGCGCAAUCGCUCGCGGAGGUCCUAGACUCGCCCUGGCGCCCACCUGGCGUCUCCCGGCCCCUGCGGAGUCCUCGAGCCCUCUGGGCCCAGCCGCCGGCCCACCGGGCCCCUUCAAGGGCUGAACGCGCCGGCACAAGGGAGCGGAGCGGGCCGGCGGCGCCCGGAGCAGAGACGGGGGCUGGGCCGCCGGACGUUCCCACAGUAAAUCUCCCCAGGCGGGUCCGCGCCGGCCUCCGAAUCGCGCAAUAAAGGUCACCGACCAGC